AUCUUCCCGCCUCUCUCUCCCUCCUUAAGAACCCGCCAAAUCCCCCCCUCUUCCUCAGACUCAAAACCCUAUCUCUUUCUAAAACGACCCCCUUUCUCUCUCCACUUGUAUCUGCAAUUCCUUCGUUUCUCACUCUCUCUCUCCUCAUUUCUCUCUCUUCGACAUGAAUCGGAGGACUCGCGCAGUUCACAGGUCGUCCCCGAGCCGGACCGAGCCUUUCCUCAAGUACCUCAAGCCCGGCGCUCUCGCUCGAAUCAGGGACUCGCGAAUCAGCGCCAGAUCUCACCGCGCCAUCGCGUUGUCACAGAUCCGGUUGUCGCCGCCGUCAUCGCCGCCGCCGCCGACUCCAGGUCAACUCCCAGUCAGCGUGAUGGACGUUUUUCCGUGCUUCUCGCCAAGAUUCUAUGGCCCGAGGUGUCCGCAGAGGAAGAAGCUCGUCGCCUCCAAGUCCGUGUUGUUUCCGAGCCAGACUCCGUCAAGCCCUGUGCUUGAUGCGCCUGAUCCGAUAAUUGAUGUUUUCGGGAGUGACAUUGCUGCUCAUUGAUUGAAACUGCUCCAAUCUGUGAAGUUUCUUUAAUUUUUUUUCCCUGAUUAUUGUUUUAGAUUAAUUGUCAGUGCAAAAUGUGGAAAAUUCCUUAGAACUGAGAUUAGUAAUAAAAUAACAAACAUUUUCCCUUA